AUGCUGCUGCAGCUGCGAUUGGUCAUCCAUGAGCGCGGACCUCCAAAACAGCUGGCAAGAACGGGGUUUUCAUCGCGCACCCAUCCGGAUCUACGUAUGGGAGUUUUAAAGGUAGUGGCCCAGCCGGCUGCGCGCUGCAUCUUCCUGUCUGAGCGCUCGAGGGUUCUUGGUAACGUACUUAUACCUCACCUAUGCUCUGGAUCUUGGCCGUCCGUCCACCACCGAUAUCGGACGUAACCCACGGCUUUGUUUGAUACAGCCCAUGAUGAUUACCCCCAUUACGUCGACGUCGUCAUUUCUUGCGCCCUCGGUCCUCUUGUCUCUGGCAGGCUAUGUGUGUGGACUACCGACCAUCAUAUCACCGACGAACGAUACGAUAGCCGAGCCGCCGUGGAUGAGGGAUCCGGAUGGGCGAGGAACCAUAGGACUUCUGCUAUCCUGCGUCCUGACUCUGGGUCUUUGUGUUUGGACUGCUGUGCAUCUGAACGUGGACCCAUGUGCAUCGCACAGCCAGUUAUUCUGGCGGAAGUGUCUAUGGGUGGUAAUCGGGCUGUUUUCCCCGGAGAUCGUUUUGGUCAGCUCCUACGAGCAGUGGCAGCAGGCACGGUCCCUGCAUAGGAAAGUGAAGCGGCGCGUCGAACCUCUGUCGGAGGAGAUUUGUUCUUCGACUGAGAUCGAGAAUGCUUCCGUGCUGGAAAAGACAUCGGGGAUCAUCACCAAAGGAUGGCAAAACAUGCAAGGGAUAUACAGAAGUUUUCGUUAUACAGAGGACGAACACCUCUUUGGAAUGACAUGUAGUUUCUUCAUCGUCAUGGGAGGCACAACCAUCCCUAAGGGCCGGGACGGUUCACAAUGCACCUUGACACCCGAGGGGUUCGAAUACCUACUGGAUGUUGGUGUCUUGAAGCCUUCUUGUGUAGACACAGCUACGAUAUUGGACAAAGGCAAAGCCGACUUCCUGGCUAAAUUUCUAGUUUGCGUCCAAGCUGCGUGGAUGAUACUGCAGUGCAUACUGAGGAAGAUGAACGACUUACCCGUCACCCUUAUCGAGCUGAACGCACUGUUCCACGUCGUCAUCGCCCUGUUUAUGUACUUUUUCUGGUGGGAGAAGCCCCUAAAUAUCGGCGAGCCCAUUAAAGUCAGCAUGGAUCCGGACCUAGCGGAUAUCCUCUUCGCGCUCGACGUGCGACGAUCCCUGGGCAUCACCGUCCGUCUGAGCACCGACGAGCUCCCAGUUUUCGAUGCGCAGCGCCUCCAGCGGAACGCGCCAACGAUAUACGCCGCCAUACCGAUACUCCUUCCGAUCUACAAGACCGGAUUUAUGAACGGAUCUCAAGAGGAUAAUUUGGCCGGGGGGGACCGGAAGUGGGCGCUGUGGGAUCUGGCAAGGGCUAAGCGGCGAUUGGACAAAAGAACCCAGGGAAACAUCAUCAUGCUCCUGCCGGGGCAGUCGAUCGAGGAGCCCGAUAAGCCGAUCGAGGAAGAGGUGGAAGGGUCGGAGGCGGGAGAUUCUGAAACGGGAGAUUCGGAGAUGGGAGAAGGGGAGAAGGGGAACAUACAAACCACGCUGAGAGAAAUAAUCAGCGAGAAGCGAAUGGAUGAGAGUCAAGGGCAGGAGGCUGAGCCGCGGCAGAGAGCAAGAGCGCUAGUCACCGGACACGAAAAACAAACCGUCACACUCACCGAGUCGGAACUCGAGAUGUUAUUCUCGGCGGCCUGGGCGCUGUCGAGUGAUAAGUACGAGAGAAUAAAGUCGGAUUACGAAGACUACGCGUGUGGCAAGGGAUUUCUAAAGAAAUCAAGGGACGACGAUUUCCGUGUCCAUCGGAUCAAGAAUCUGCAUUUCGACAUGGACAUAGUCCUCUCCGAGAUCAACGGCUUCAAUGAUCCGCACAUAAUAUUGUCGAUUCUGAAUAUUUUAUAUGGCGCCGCCCACGCGAGUGUAUGGAACACGCACUUCCCGACGCCGCUGGAGAAGUGGAUGUGGCGCUGGUCGUGCUUCAUGUUGCUUCUCCCGACGAUCGUGACGACGGCGAAAUGGGUGACGCAGCAGCUGCCGACAAAACAUAUGGACUACUAUGUCAACCGCGCGGUGCAGAUAUUGCUGCAUCCUGUGCUGGUGGUGUACUUUUGUGCCAGGGUCUUUGUCGUCGUCGAGAGUUUUAUCAGCGUCAGGAGUCUGCCCCAGGGAAGCUACAAGACUGUCGAGAUUAGUGAGUAUUGGCCACAUUUCUGACCCGGGGGAGGGGGG